CUCAGCUAUUCUGAAUGUUAUCAAUCCAACUUAAACUUUGAAUGACACAUUAUUAAAGGUGUUUACAUAAUGCUGUGAUAACCGAAACAAGGAAGUAAGACUCCAAACUUAAAUAAAACACCAUCCAGGGAAGAACUACAAACGUUUUACAGUAAAAUACAGAGCUAUUAAGGAAAUCCUUCUUCGAAAUGUACUAUUCCUGAAGACAAGACAAGGGAACAUUUGAGAAUAAAUUUGAACUCUUAGAAAUGUCUCCUGAAGCAGGACUGAAUUUGCAUAGUUUAAUUUCUAACGGGCAUUAACAUAGUCCAAAGAUCCCCUUCUACUUAACAGAUUUGGUAAAAUAAUUUUCUCGUUCUUUUCUGGAUAUAUUUCUCAUUUUCAUUAUUUUCCGUACUACCACUGAUGGAAAACAGUGAUUCAUUCUUUGCAGACAUUUUACAGGCACUACUAGUAUUGUAUAUGUCCAUGGUUAUUGUGUUGAUUCGUUAUUUUGUAGAAAGAAAAGGAAAAAAAUCAAUUUAUCAUCAGAUAGGUGACAAGAUUGACUUCUCCACUUCUGAACUACUGGAACACAAAAGCUUUGCGGAAGUCAUUGUGAAAAAAUUGUUAAAGAAGAUGCAAUAUCUGUCUGUUAGAGGAGACCCUCAUAUAUCUGGUAAUAUUAUUGGGAUUGGUAGUGCCUUUGAAAAUCUGAAGAUCAAACCCCAAAUACAAUUUGACUUUAUUGUUUUAUUUUCUCUCCCUUUUCAAUAUGUAUCCAAAUGUGUAAUUGAUGAAGAUGAUAUACCGAAUGCAUACGGGAAGAUUCUUGUCUCAGAAAACUGGUUUACUAAUUUGCUGAUAACAGCAUGGCAUGGAAGGCAAUGUGGCUUUCUGGGCAGAAUGUGUAAUGGAAACUAUCUUUCAGCCAAGGCUGUCCAUGAAAGAUUCCGUUCCUUAGCUGACAUGGCAACGGACAUACUUAAUGAUGAAGAAGAAGAUAUAAACCUUACGUUUUUACAGCAGGGGCCUACUUUGAAAAUUGAGAGAAGAGGAGCACCAGAAAUUUUGGUCGAUUUGGUCCCUGCAUUGAAAGAUGAUAGCAUUUACCUUCUAGCAAAAAUAUAUGGAGGACAAUUUGAAGCAGGUCACUGUCAAGAUCUUUUGUGGACACUGUCCUUUUCAGUUCAAGAAAAAGCAUUUUUGGAACAGAAGGAUCUGACCUUACCUAAGAAUGCUUGUCAUAAAAGGACCCUUCAGAUUCUGAAGUAUUUGAAACAAGAAAAGAGGAAUUUAGAAACACCCCCAUUAUGGUGCAGAACACUGAGCUCUUAUCAUCUAAAAACACUUUGGCUCCACCAGUUGCAAAAGACACCCGAAGGUCAAUGGCAAGAGAAGUUUCUGGAAGAAAGGGUUUUACAGCUACUGGAUCAUUUGAUACAUACUUUGGAAUUACAAACUCUCCAUCAUUUCUUCUUGGGAAACACAAAACUGAUUAAGCAAGCUGGUUCAUUAUGUAUACCUAAGCAUUUUCUAAGGAAAGGUUUAAAAUAUAAUUUAUAUGAUGAAAUUGAUCACAGUAUAAUAGUCCAGUCUAUACAAGAGCUCAUGGAAUUGCAAAAUAAUAUAAAUAUGUAUACGACAUAUCUUCUUUCAGAACUCGAAACAAACUAUUAAACAUAUGCCAAUGGCAGAGGUCAUUGGGUCAAGAAGUAAAUUAGUUGCAAUACUUUUAUUUCCAUAAUCAUAAGUGGCCAUGCAAAACAUAUGCAGUAUAAAUAAUGCUUUUUACUUAAGUAAUAUGUUUUGUUGUAGCAAGUGAUUAAAACAAAUGUUAGGCUACUAGCAACAAAGGUUGGCUAUUGAGUAUACUGUGAAAUAUUCCAUUUUAUGAAUAAACAAAUCUUCUGUGCUCUUGAAUACAUAUCAACAAGGAAUCUACUCUCUCUGAACUGACUGUGAGAAUCAUUGAAAAGUGAUAAAUAUUAACCCCUAUUUUCUUUAUACAGCACCAGAAAAGGAAAAGAAAAACAAAUUAGCAAAUCUGAAUUAGUUAACUGGAAACACUCUUACAGUAUCUUUUAGGAACAAGUUCUCAUUUUAAAAUGUUCACUCACAUCUAAUGAGAAAAUAUCUAACUACAGAGAAUGUAAAAGGCUAGAAUGCAAAAAUGCAAAGGUAUUUAACCAGCAGAAAAACAGCAGUAUGUCCCUGUGCAAAGUAUUUGAACAAUCAUGAUUAUACUUCCAAAAAUAAAAAAGGAAUGAGAACAUAUCAAAUGUACCAUUCAGUAUGAGCACAUAACUGGAA